AUGACAUCGAGCAAUGUGCAGGCCACGUUCGAUCGGCUGCUCCUCCUGCCGGGAGUGGUUGGGGCUGUCCUGGUCGACGGGGAUGGCGUGCCCGUCCGGACCAAUUUGCCCGAAAACGCUGCCCAAAUGUACGCCAACCGGAUGAGGCCGCUGGUGGCGUUGGCCCGCACCAUGGUGCAGGACAUGGAGACCGGGGACCAGUUGAGCUACGUGCGACUGCGCACCCGCCGCCAGGAGCUGAUGGUGGCCACCGAGAACGAGCACACGAUCAUCCUCAUCCAGGACAACCGGGCACUGGACGAAUCCCGGCGGAGCAGUGCUUCCUCGCGGAGGUGGUCGAGCUGAAGUGCAGCUAAAGCAGUCGAGUUCUAGUCAUGCAUGCGGGCGGCCUUAGCAAAAUGACAUAAACAAGCUGCGCCAGCGGGGGUUGGCCGGGUGAAGAGUCCUUGCACGGACGAACUCACAAAUCCCGAGCACAGAACUGAAAUUGUGAGUCGGCAUUGCUGUGCUGGAAAAAGCACGCAAAAAUAAAAUCCACAUCCAGGC